AUGGUCACUCCCGUCACCGCCGACGAAACGCAUUCGCCGCUCCUCUGCCAAACACUGCUAAUGAAUCUACUCCGCCUCAGCCCAGGGCUCCCCACGUCCUACACCCACCUCUUGUCCUCUCAACCUCUGCCUGCGCAGCCGCCCCACCCAGUUUCUCUCGCCUACGCCCUCCUUUCCCCACUCCAACGCGCCGCAGCAGCAACGUCCAUAAAUGCACCUUCCUCCAGCCCUGCGCCAACCCAGUUCUCGUCCUGCACCCACCCUCCAAAUCCGACUCCUCCUCGACGCACAACAACAACGACGCACACUGCCUGCAAUCACCCGUGCCUAGUGCCUUGUCCGCACGCUUUCCUUCCUCCGCUCGCCUCUCCCUGCUGCGAAACACCCCACACGCAUCCUCGACAGGCAUUCUCUUCAGCGCGCAACACGCAACACAACACAACUAUCGAAUACGUCAGCACGCGCUUUAACGCCACGACAAACACCAAAGCCCGCCUCGCGCCCCUUUCCCCCCCCAAACACUGCACUGCCCACCCUCAAACGUUCCAAGCCUUUAAGCCACACAAACCGCCCUCUCCAACUAACCGCUUCGCUACUCCCCACUUGCCAGCACCGCUCACCACACUGGCUCAACAACACGCAACACUAACCAAACAAAACGCCUCAGCGGGCUCCAAACACUGUCCGAACCAGGAAUUGAACCUGGGUUUACACGGCCACAACGUGUUGUCCUAA